GAAAUUGAAAAAAUCAAUCGUGUGAUUUUAAAAACAAACCUAAACUAUAUAAUUAUCUACAAUACCUGUCUAUGGUGUUUGUUAAAGUGAAAAUCAAUCAAGGAAAGUAUAAUUAUAGGUUAAUCCAUAAUGAUCGAAAAAGUAAAAGAGACGCCUUAGAUUGUGAAUGUCUUCCAAAUCCUUACUUGGUAUAAGAUUGAAGUUUACUGAAAAGAAGUACAAUCAACUACAUGAAGCUUACGAAGAUUUAGCACUUGCAGAGGAUCUAGAAGAAACAUAAAAUAUCAUGAAUCGGUGACUAUUAAACUAGUA